GUUUGGAAGUGUUAUUUGAGCUUCUGUCGAGAUUUAGUCAAUUUGAUCGCUCUGUUGGGAUUCAUAUUUACCUCACUGUAGUAGUCAAGUAUUUGUCUGUCACCAUUAUAGCAUGCGCAAAGUUAUCGAGGCAUAGUUAGACGGUAAAAUUAUACAUUAUCUGGAAUCUACCGUUGUACGCGUUUGAUACGAAAAAUGACGGAUGUUUGGAAGUCAAAUGCAAGAAGAUUUUGCGAGAUAUGUAAAGUAUGGUUUGCGGACAAUCGAGUCAGUAUAGAGCAUCAUGAAGGAGGACAAAAGCAUAAAGCUGCUAUACAGGCUAAAUUACGAGAGCUUGGUAAACAAAACAAACAAAAGGAAAAAGAGCAAAGUGAUCUGCAAGUUACACUGGCGAUGAUGGAAUCCGCAGCAAGCAAAAGUAUGGGGAUUGGUGACUCAUGCCCUUCGGCCGGAAUAGUUGGCCCAAUGCCGAAACCGAAAAAAUAUAUGGAUCCACGAGCACACAGUGCUUCGAUCGCUGAGAUGGCUCGCCAGAUGGCGCAACAUAGGAAGGAGCAGGAAUUGAAACGAACAAAAGUAGAACACAAAGCAGAAAAUGAGAAAAGUGAUCCGGAAAGUGAAACAGUUUGGGUUGAAGCUAGGGCGGAUAAUGGUGCAUUAUAUUAUUUUCAUAUGUACAGCGGAGUAACCGUUUGGGAACAACCCCAAAAUUACUACACAGCGGAGCAGUAUGCCAUGAAACUAGCUAUGAUGGAGAAUAAAACUGACGCAAUGGCUAAAAACCAGGUUACUGAACCAAAUAAAUUGAAAUCAGAACCACGUCGUCAUUGGGGACAACAGGAAACUUCAGGGGUUUGUAAGAUGUCAAAGAUACCGCAAACCCCUUCACAGAAUGAGACUAAGAAAGCAAUUCCAGAAGAACAAAGUGCAGAAGUCCCGUCAAACGUUCAACAUCCAAGUUCUUGUCAAUCAACUGCCAUGAAUGAGGUGCGAGGAUGUUCAUCUGAAAAACUGCAAAUCACGAAAUUCGAUCCAGAAAUGGAUGCUGCAAAUUUCGUUGUCAGUGAAUAUGACAUUCCUUUACCUCCAUCUUCUCAGGAUUCAGAGCAAGAGAAAAUAGCAUUAAAUUUGACGGUGAAAGAGGAGCCGUUAGAAGAAAACAACUGCGAUAAACAUAUUCAAGGUGACUAUUCGAAUGCCGGAGAAGAAAGUAUUGAUGUUAAAAAUGAAACGCAAGAAGGAAUUACUGAAAAGAUUGUAGAGCAAAAGGAGCCACCACGAUUGGGUCCGUACGGUCCAUGGGUACCGGUAGAGAAAGUUCCGGAGAAACCAAAAGUGGACUGGGAGUUACCUAUUGAAGAACAAGGACGAAAACGAACCAGUGAAUCUUUGUUACCACCAGAAGAUAUCAUCACGUUUAGCGGUAAAAGUGCAAUGAUAAAACGAAAGAAGAUAAAUGGGCCUAUCGAAUUCAGAAAGAGGAAGACAACGAUUAAAAUUAGACAGCCUAUUGAUGAUCAGUAGGCAUAUUCGCUGUGAUGUGACAGCGACUAAAAUUAGGCAGCCUAUUGUUGAUCAGUAGGCAUAUUCCCUGUGUAUGUGACAGCGAUCAAAAUUAGACAGCCUAUUGAUGAU